GUGUUGGCGUUGGUGCACCAUCUCGGAAAAGAAAAGAGAAGCCUCGGAGAUAAGCACGAGCAGAGCAACCACCACUACCGCCACCACCACCCCUCAUUUUCUAUCCCCAACCAUGUCUGGGAAGCUGGGCAAUCUGGCAUGGAGCGGGUUCAAGCUGGGGUUCGGGCUGUUCAGUCUUGCCGGCGUGUGGACAUCGGCUGUUGUGCAUAACGGGGCGCUGUGGGCUCGAGACAGCGAGGAGGAAAAACGCGAAUUGGCGGCUGCUCAAGACCGCUUUUGGAGUCUGGAUCGCGAGCCGCUGCCGGGGUUCAGACAUGCGUUUUUUGAAACGAGUGCCGGAUGCAGAAUACACUAUGUUGUGCGUGAGGGGGCGGCGGCAGAGGCUGGCAAAGAGAAGAAUGUGGCUGUUUUCAUACAUGGUUUCCCCGAUUCCUAUAUGAUCUGGAAACAUCUUCUUCAAUCUCCCUCGCUGCAACAAGACACCAUUCUCGUUGCCGUUGAUCUCCCUGGCUACGGAGGCUCAGACAGCCUGCCCAGCUACGGGGCCAACGAAAUGCUCGAAGCACUGAGCGAAUUCAUGAUUGCCAUCCGGCAACAGUACCUCCACGACGGCAAGAAAACCGUAGCCGUAACCCACGACUGGGGCGCCAUCAUCGGCGCGCGCCUCGCUUCCGAAGCUCACGUCCUAGCAGACCACUGGAUCAUCACCGGCGGCGUGAUCCCCAGCCUGCAACGCUCCAACGCCGAGCACAGGAUCCAACUCGCAAAGCAAAUGCUGCACACAUGGGUCUCGUCGCCCAUGAAUACACGGCUCCUCAAGAACGGACUCAACGCCCUAAAACCCAUCCGCGACCAAUUCCGCCGCUCCUUCUACAUCUUCGUCUUCCAUCUCCCCUGGCCCCUCAACAACACCCUUGCCACCUUUGGCAACUACUGGUUCCUGCGCCUCCUCCAUAGCCUAGGCAAAGGGGCCUCAACCCCUUCUUCUCCUUCUUCUCAAUCCAAACAAGCAAACACAUCCCUGGACGCCGUCGAAGCCGCCGAAGCAAUGGCCAUUACCACGGGUCCCGCUCUCGAACAACUUUCUUCAAAAACAACGCUCGACGCAGUUUCCUACGGCGCCUCGCUGCGCGCCCGCCUCACAGACCGCGGCAUGCACGAGAAAACACGUAUUUACCGCGAAAACUUCAUCUUUGGCAAGUGGGAUAAAUCUCUCGAAACAACCGCUGCCCUGUACAAUAUCGCGUCGUCUGCUUCGUCCAUGCGCUCCUCGUCGUCUGCGGGCACCCUCGCGAGCUCAGCGCUGCAGGGUGCGUUGAAAGCGCCUGCGACGCUCAUGAUGGGCCAGUAUGAACCUGCGUUUGAUCAGCGGCUUUCGCUGGAUAAUGCGCGUGAGUAUCUGGUUAGGGGGAGUCAGGUGGUUGUUGUGAAGGGGGCGGGACAUUGGCUACAGCUUGAACAUACCGGCCGCCGCAUUCUGGAAAAGACGCUGCAGUGGGCGCUGCGCAGCGAUGCAGCAAGUGCUGCUACACCCUUUGAUACCAUGAGCGACGUCCGUGUCGUCGAGGCUGUGUAGAUGGACGGCGGUGGUAUGCAGGAGAUGAAGUCCAGUAACGAGGUAUUUUGAGGAACGAAGUAUUUACUUGGACAGCAGUAGAAGAAGAAGAAGAAGAAGAAGAAGAAGAAAAC